AUGAACAAAAUCAACAAACUGUCAGGUAACACCAUGGUAAGAAACACCAUUUAUGCUGGAGCUGGGAUUGGGCUCUCAGGCAACAGCUUCCUUCUUCUCUUCCACAUCCUCAUGUUUAUUCCUGGGCAGAGGCCCAGACUCACUGAUCUGCCCAUCAGUCUCUUGGCCCUAAUCCACAUACUGAUGCUGCUAGUCGUGAGUUUAGUAGCUACAGACAUUUUUAUGCCAGGGAAGAGAUGGAGUGAUUCCACAUGCAAAUUUGUUAUGUUCUUGUACAGGUCUUUUAGGAGCCUUUCUUGUUUUGCCACUAGCCUGCUCAGCAUUCUCCAGGCCAUCACCCUCAGUCCCAGCAGUUUCCGUCUAGCAAAAUUCAAAUAUAAAUCUCCACACCACAUGCUAGGUUGCCUUCUUUUCCUGAGUAUCUUUUAUUUAUCCAUUAGCAGUCCCCUUAUAACGUACAUAACUGUAACGCCUAAUCUGAUCUCACCUGGUUUUACAUACCUCAGUCAAUCUUGCUGUGUUGUGCCCAUGAGCUACUCUGUCCAUCACACAUUUUUUAUAUUGUUGACCUCCAGGGAUGUCAUCUUUGUAGGUCUUAUGACCCUCUCCAGGGGGUACAUGGUGACUUUCCUAUGCAGACAUAAGAACCAGUCCCAGCUUCUCCACAGUGCCAGCCUUUCCCUCAGACCAUCUGCAGAACAAAGAACCACACGGACCAUCCUGUGCCUCAUGAGUUUCUUUAUGGUUAUGUACACCUUGGACAGCGUCAUCUCCUACCUAAGAAGUAUAGAUGAUGAUCUGAUUUUGUUUUGUGUCCAUAUUCUCACAGCCCAUGGCGAUGCCACAGCUAGCCCCUUUUUGGUUCUCAGUACUGAAAAGCACAUAACUAACAUUUUUAGAUCCAUGUAUGGCAGGAUGGUAAACAUCAUAUUACUCAGGUAUAGGUAA